AUGGUUAGGAUUAUUGAAGGGUUGCACGUUGGAAGUUUUAACACAGUUAAUAAGUUAUUCUUACCAGCGAAAUCUGAUAAAUAUCAAGAAUUGUAUAAACAAAAUAAUGUAGACUCGGAUUCCGUACAAAAUGUUAGUACUGCCGUUGUUUCAGUUUGCCACGAUGUGCCAUAUUGGUGUUCACUAAGAAGUUCAAAAGGGAAUAAAAAAUUCGAUGUAAAAGAUCCAAAGUUAUCAGAUCUGUAUAAUAGCAAUUUCUCAAAUUCAUACUUAAAUUUGCAUUUUGACCUUGUUUUACCAUCAAAAGAUGACGAUUCUGAAGUCGCCUUUGAGGAUGGAUUCAUGUUUGUACUACAUUCAAUUAUCUUUGCCGAUGAUCAACCUGAGGAAAGAUUUUACAAAUCAUUUCAAUUUUCAUAUGACUUAUUUGAAUACAUUUUAUCGCUGGAAAAAGGAUUAGUUUUCGUCCACUGUCAACUGGGACUGUGUAGAAGCACUUCUUUAAUUUGUUCAUACUUGAUGAGGAAGUGGAACAAGCCCUUCCUGGAAGUUAAGAGGUACAUGAAGAGUGUUCAUCCAAAGACUGCAAUUAGUCACUACUUCGAAUACCAGAUGAUUUUGUAUUAUAAAAAUGGGUUCAAAAUAGACGACGAGAGUGUAUUCUAUCAGUAUUACCUUAAAACUCUAGAUAGUUAUCUUAAGAACAGACAUAACUUGAACUUGGAAAGUGAGAAAGACCCUCAAUUUGUGUACUCCUGUAAAACCUGCAGGACAACUUUGUUUUCUGACACCAACAUCAUUAAGCAUGAAGAGAAUGGAAAAUCAAGGAAAAAUUCAGAAUGUAACAGUAUUUUCAUUGAACCGAUGAUGUGGAUGAAGGACCUAGAGUUACAGAGUGGCAAGAUGCUCUGCAGUAACGACAACUGCAAUGCAAAGUUGGGCUCAUUCUCCUGGCAUGGACGAAAUUGUUCCUGCGGUCACCUUCAGGUUCCUGCUUUCCAAGUCCAAUUGUCAAAAGUUGACAGGUUUGACUACUUGGAAACUGACAGAGUGCCACCAAAGGAUGACAAUUUGCAAGUUAAAUGACUAAUUUCAUAAACAUAUAUCAAUUUAAUUAUGGCUUUACA